AUGGCUCCCGCUACUCCCUUCAAUCCCCCUUCACCGGAUCUCUCAGGAAAGCCUCACGUUCCAGAAUGGGUGCCGCCACCACCUACCAAGGAGACCCACAACUUCGCUGAAUUCCAUUCCGUUGAUCUAUCUCUGCUUGACUCCCCCGAUCCCAAAGUACAGGAAGAUCUUGUACAGAAAGUUAAAGAAGCUAUUCGAGAAGACGGCUUCCUGUUUCUAGGGAAUUACGGCGUUUCGCUCGAGCAGCUACACAGACAAUUUGCCAUUGCUCAAUACCUUUUCAGAAACUUUUCUGAUGAAGAGAAACAACGAUUACUUUUCCAUCCAGAGAAGCGGGGUACUUGGGAAGGAUAUAAACACCCUUAUGGGUUCAAGAGAGAACGAGGUACCCCCGACUUCUACGAACAGUUCAACUUUUAUCCACCUGAAUGGGCAGAUCACAAUCUCUGGCCAAAAGUAAUCCUUCCUUUCGCUGACGAAAUCGAAGCUUUUGCCACUUAUCUUACCACUUCGGUGAACCGAAGACUUCUCACUCUCUUCUCUCGAGUUCUCGAACUCCCCGAUGACUACUUGUGGGAAAACGUCCAGUCAAAAGGAAGUCCUUCCGGCGAAGGUUAUUUCAGACACGCUCUCUACUCGCCAGUGGACGAUGCAACCAUUAAAGCCGGUAAAGAUAUCGGAUACCUCUUCGCCGGUAUCGCCGGUAUCGGUCUCUUAUACGCCAUCUUCCUCCUUCCUGAACUCAGGGGCAGAUCUUUGGAAGAAGUCGACGAACUCUUCGAGAAACCACGAUUCAGAUGGGGAUGGCAAUUCAAGGGUGUCGUCACCACUGGUGUCGGUGCUCAGAUCGCCAACCUCGAGAGUCACAAAGCUGCUGCUGCUGUGCACCCCGAUGUCGAGACUGGAAAGGACUCUGAUGUCGCUCACAACGUCGUUGAGGUUGAGGACCAGAAAUACUGA